CCCGUUUGGUCAAACCGAAACUAAGUGUAACUGUAAGAGGAGGAGAUGAGAAACAAUAUCGCGGACACGUUUUAAAUAACGUCGGGUCUUAACUGAACACAGAACUGAAAAUGCAGCAUGCAGUGUAUGCCACUGAGCUUCUAUAUAUAACGGGUGACCAGUCGAGUGGCCUCCAUUCUUUGGGAGUCCCCUCUGAGACGACGUGCAUGAAAUAAGAUGGACCCCGACGACACAAGAUGACAGAAAAUGUGAUCAGCGUGACAGGUGACUUUAUCGAUGUAACAUUCGCUUUGACCGGAGAGCAUCAUCAUCAUCAUCAUCAUCAUCAUAAUGUUCACAGGGGUUAACUCCAUGAUGACGCUUCCUUACACCAGUAAUGUAGAAGAAACCCCUGAGACAAAGUUAAUGAAAACAGCAUCUCCAGCACAUAGCUGUGUGUCCAUGAAGAGUGACUGGUCCAUAGAGAAACCUCCAAGCCUGGGCGGGGAAGAUGUCGUCCGUGAGAGUAGAUUUAAUACUGAAAGUGCGGGAUCUCCAGCACCCAGCUGUGUGUCUAUGAAGAGUGAUUGGUCCAUAGAGAGGCCUCCAAGUCUGGGCGGGAAAGAUGUCAUCCCUGAAGGAGGGCAAUACUUCAGAACUGAAGCUCAGCAGGAACCCACACCGAUGAAGAUCGGUGCUACAGACUUACAGCGAGAUUCUUACCAACCAGUGAAUGACGUCCUGUCCAGAGUUUUAGAGCGUCACAAAACCAGCAUGCGCAACAAGCACCAGAGUUUAUUCGAAGGAAUUAAAAUGCACAGAAAUAAAACCCCUCUGAACACCAUUUAUACCCAGCUCUACAUCAUAGAGGGAGAGAGCGAGGGCGUGAAUAACGAACACGAAGUGUUACAGAUGGAGAAAAGGCAGCACUUCCAUGACACGCCAAUCAACUGCUUAGAUAUAUUUAAGCAUGUAGGAGAUCACACUGGAGGAAAUGUUACGCAUAGAAAUGUAGAAAGCGGACCAAGAGGACAAAAGCUCAGAACAGUGUUAACGAAAGGAAUUGCUGGAAUUGGGAAAACUGUAUCAGUGCAGAAAUUCAUUCUGGAUUGGACGGAAGGAAAAGCCAAUCAGGAUGUCGAUUUCAUGUUUGUGCUUCCGUUCCGUGAGUUGAAUUUGAUCAAAGAUGACUCUUACUGUCUUCACAAGCUCUUGUGCGACUUCCAUCCUGAGCUAAAAGCCCUGGACACGCCCGUGUACGUCGUGCGUAAAAUCGUCUUCAUCUUCGACGGCCUGGACGAAAGCAGACUUCCGCUGAAUAUUUUAACUGGCAAGAAAGUAUCCGACGUAACGAUGACAUCAUCAGUGAGUGCCCUGAUGUCAAACCUAAUUAAAGGUGACCUGCUUCCGUCUGCUCAUAUCUGGAUAACCUCCAGACCGGCGGCAGCCAAUCAGAUCCCUCGGACGUACGUCGAUCGUGUGACGGAAAUUCAGGGAUUCAGCGACGCACAGAAGGAGGAGUAUUUCAGGAAGAAAAUCAGCGAGCGAGCCCACACCGAGAAAAUCAUUUCACACGUUAAAAAGACUAGGAGUCUUUAUAUCAUGUGCCACAUCCCGGUGUUUUGUUGGAUAUUAGCCACAGUGCUUCAGCAAACGAUGAAACGAAGCAAUCGUACGGAAGCCCCUAAAACUCUGGCUGAGAUCUAUGCGCACUUCCUGCUCAUUCAGACGAACGUGAAAAACGAGAAGUACGAAGAAAUGGACGAGAGCGAUCCAGAGAAGCUUCUGGAAGCGAACAGAGGCACGAUUUUAAAACUAGCCGAACUGGCUUUUAAGCAGCUGAUGAAGGGCAACGUGAUGUUUUAUGAAGAAGACCUGAGAGAGUGCGGUAUUGAUAUUACCGAGGCCUUUGUAUACUCUGGGAUUUGCACUGAGAUCUUUAAGCAGGAAUCUGUGCUGUACCAGAAGAAGGUCUACUGCUUCGUGCAUCUGAGCUUUCAGGAGUUUUUCGCUGCUCUCUACGUGUUUUACUGCUAUAUGACAAAGAGCGUGAAGGCGCUGCAGGUUUUCCGGGCGUACUCGGAGGAUCUUGCUUUGGACGAGUUGUUAAAAGCGGCGGUCGAUAAAGCCUUACACACUGACAACGGACACUUGGACCUUUUCCUCCGUUUCCUACUUGGCAUUUCACUGGAGACCAAUCAGAGACUCCUGCGAGGCCUCCUGACACACACACACAGCAGCUCGGAGAACAUCAAGAGUACAGUUCAGUACAUCAAAUGGCAGAUUCAAACCGAGGACCUUCCUACCGACAGGGCAAUCAACCUGUUCCUGUGUCUCACGGAAAUGAAGGAUCAGUCUCUCUCGAAAGAGAUUCAGGAGUUUCUGAAGACGGAGAAGCAAUCCGAGAAAAAGCUCUCGGCCGCACACUGCACAGCUAUAGCAUACAUGCUGCAGAUGUCCGACGACGUCAUGGAGGAGCUGGACGUCAAGAAAUACAACGUAUCAGAGGAGGGAUGUAGGAGGCUGAUCCCUGCUGUGAGCAACUGCAGAAAGGCUCAACUUGCGGGCUGUUAUCUCACCACAAGUUCCUGUGAAACCUUCACUUUUGCUCUGAGGUUAGAAAAGUCCCCUCUGAGAGAACUGGACCUCAGUAACAACGACCUGCAGGACUCGGGAGUGAAGCUGCUGUCUGACGGCCUGAAGAGUUCACACUGUAAACUGGAGACACUCCGGCUAGCUAUUUGUAAUCUUGGAGAAAAGGCUUGUGAAUAUUUGGGGUCAGCUCUCAUGCUUCCACACUCGUCCCUGAGAGAACUGGACCUCAGUAACAACGACCUGCAGGACUCGGGAGUGAAGCUGCUCUCUGACGGCCUGAAGAGUUCACACUGUAAACUGGAGACACUCCGAUUAUCUGGAUGUCUAAUCACAGGUGAAGGCUGCGCUGCUCUGGAUUCAGCUCUGAGUUCAAACCCAUCACACCUGAGAGAGCUGGACCUGAGCUACAACCAUCCAGGAGACUCAGGAGUGAAGAUGCUCUCUGCCAAACUGGAAGAUCCAGACUGCAACCUGGAGACACUCAGUUUGGAGCCUGCAGGCAAGAUUAGUCUCACACCCGGUUUAAGAAAAUAUGCCUGUGAGCUCACGCUGGACCCAAACACGGCACACACACGUCUCGCUCUGUCCGAGGGGAACAGAAAGGUGACGCACGUGAUAGACGAGCAGCCGUACCCUGACCAUCCGGAGAGGUUCGAUCACUGGAAGCAGGUGAUGUGUACAGAGAGUCUGCGCGAACGCUGUUACUGGGAGGCGGAGUGGGCCGGCGGGGAAGCCGUGAUAUCGAUGAGUUAUAAAGGAAUUCACCGGAAAGGAGGCAGAGGUGACUGCGUGUUCGGCUCCAGCGACAAGUCCUGGAAACUGGACUGCUCUAGUAACAGUUACACCGCCUGGCACAACAAGAAGAGAACGGACAUACCUGCACCUCCGUCCUGCUCGAACAGGGUAGGAGUGUAUCUGGACUGGCCGAAGGGUUCUCUGUCGUUCUACAGCGUCUCCUCUGACACACACACGCACACACACCUGCACACAUACAACGCCAGGUUCACAGAGCCGCUCUACGCAGGGUUUUGGGUCGAUUGUGACUCCUCGGUGAGUCUGCGUUAAGAUGCUUCGCGAUCGUAUCGAUCUGCUUUGCAAAAGAACAAAAAGAAGUAUUUUUUAUUAAUCUUUAUUGCACUUUAAUGCAGCGCUGCUGAAUUCUCCAGUCUGAUUUAUUCAGAAAGUGUCGAUUCAGCUACUGUAUAACAGCCGUUCCAGUCACAUGUUUAUAUUAAUACGCUCGUUAUAAUAUCUUAUCUUUUAUAAAAGUAAAAGGGACUUGUAUUGGAUGCUUGACAUCAUUUAAUGUUUUGUUUUUUUUUUCAUUUAAUGUUCAUUAUCAGACUAUUUAAGUGCACGUAGCUGGUAAAAUCUGAUUUUUUUCAGUUAUCAGAUUGCUUUCAGCAUGUGUAUGCACUCAAUUAUGUGUGCAUCAUGUUUUUACGGAGAUACCAGUGAUCCUGACCCUUUCUGCUCUCCGGACCUGCCUGAUCCGUUCGGAUGCCCUAUAUGGAUGGAGCUCUCAUCAACUGGAGGCUACAUUCCGGAGAUGGAUUAGUACAGUACCGCUUGCAGUACCAUGGAAAUGGUUUUGGACAUCAAUUCCACAUGGACGUUCUCGCUGUGGUUGCUGGGACUACGGUUGCAGCGAUGGCCUUGGGACUGCCAUUACCACAUACGGUUUUACACUCGGGUCUCCUUUAGUGAACAGUGGACUAGUUCAACAAACAGACGUCAUAUACAAACCAUAAUGAACUCUCCUUUACUCUCACACUGUCCGUUGUGACCCAGAUGAGGACGGGUUCCCUUCUGAGUCCGGUUCCUCUUAACGUUUCUUCCUCAUAUAAUAUCAUCUUAAGGAGUUUUUCCUCGUCACCGGCUCUAUUAAUAGGAAUAAAUCCACACAUUUAAAAUCUGUAUCCUGUGUUUAUAUGUUUCUGUAAAGCUGCUUUGAGACAACGUCCAUUGUUAAAAGCGCCGUACAAAUAAAAUCGAAUUGCACCCAACAAGCAUUACACUGCAGUAGCCCAUGAUCUGGUAAUAAAUGAUAUUAAUAUUCA